AUGACAUUGCCUUUCUUUCUGGUCGCUGCAUUAUGCUUGCUGCUCAAUGAUUUCACACAGGCAUAUACAAAGCUCUCCGAUUCCAGCUUAAAAGCCAUCCCAGACCCUGGUAACGACUUUGACAUCAAGAGCGGAAAACUUCUCGCUCCUAUCCUUCAGCCUCGAGUUCCUGGUAGCGAUGGAUCUGCAGCAGUUCUCAAGCAUUUUGCAGACUUCUUUAAGAACGAUUUGCCGUCAUGGAAGGUUACCUAUCAGAACUCGACUUCGAAGACCCCCGUGACGGGAGACAGAGUGUUCCCAUUCGUGAACAUGGUUGCCACAAGACAACCCCCUUGGACCAAUCCUGGAGAGGUCAGCUACUUGACCUUGGUUGCGCACUACGAUAGCAAGAUGGAGCCCGAAGGCUUUAUAGGGGCAAUCGACAGCGCUGCACCCUGUGCCAUGCUCAUGCAUGUUGCAAGGAGCCUCGAGACCGCCCUGGUGAAGAAAUGGUCAUCGAUGAAUGAGGUAGGCAUGAAAAUGGAAGGCUAUGAUGGUGGGGUGGAGGAGCACCAGGGAGUUCAGAUCAUCUUUUUGGACGGCGAAGAGGCAUUCGGACACUGGUCUGCAGAAGACUCUAUCUACGGAGCAAAGUCGCUUGCUGCCGAGAUGGAAGCUACAUUUCAUCCUGCGCUUUCGACUUAUCAUAACGCGCUCUCAUCAAUUUCGCUCUUUCUGCUGCUGGAUCUCUUAGGUGCCGCAAACCCAACCGUGCCAUCCUACUUCAAGACUACGCAUUGGGCUUACAAGAAUUUGGCUGCACUUGCAAAUCGCUUGCACUCCAGCAAAAAGGAAAUCAGCCCUUCCGUCGGCAGGUGGUUUCCCGACUCCGACAAAACGGAAAGCGCGCAAUGGGGUCCAAGCGGGAUUGAAGAUGAUCAUCUACCUUUCAUGGCUCGAGGAGUCGAGGUUCUACAUAUAAUUCCCAAUCCAUUUCCGUGGAAACUGUGGCAUCAGAUUGAGGACGACGGCGAGCAUCUUGACUUGCCAACGUGCAAAGACUGGGCUGUCCUGAUUACAGCAUUUGCAGCCGAAUGGCUAGAUCUUAAUGACUUUGUCGACGCUUCUAGGAGAUCGAAGGAAAGCGCAAAAGACGACAGAGCUUUCAGGGAGCGAUCAGAGCUGUGA